GAUGUCGAAACAAACCAUUAAGCUUCGUUUAGACAUCACAGGUUAACAACAGUUCUAGCUGUAGCUACUUGCCGUUAGAUGAACGGAACUUUCCGAUUUACCUAAUAAUAUCGUUGACAUUGCGUUAGCCACGAAUACAUACUAUAUCAAUUGUUAAAUAAGAUCAAGAUCGGCUUGAAGAUCCGCGAGUGAAAUCAAAUAUAACGUAAUAACGAGCGGGCAAUUACACAUAUAAAUGCUAGUUACUAAUUAAAAUGGUACUUUUUGGCGCACAUAUUUUUUUCCUUGUCAUCGCCUAUAAAAUCUUUCAUUGGAAUAUUAAAGUGAUAACUGAUAUACCAAUGAUAACUGAUUCACUCAAGGCGAUGUGUCGACGAAUUCAGGUGUACCGCACAUCGCGGCGACUCAUGUGAGAAUGCGCUCCUUUUGCGAUGUACGCCUGCGCGAGGAUAAAACAUCAACGUAAGUGAGAAUAUUCUUUAACUAUACCGCAAAGACAAACGUUAUCAUUACGUUAAGCACCGUAUAUUACACAAUUGACUUCAAUUUAUAGUACAGCUAUCAUUACGUCUACGUGAAAGGAUCGAUCCGUAUUUCUAAGGCACUCCAUAAGGCUUUAGUGAGAUUUAAACUUUUAUUUGUUAUUAUUCCCUAUUUCUCUCAAAGCGUUAUCCGGAUGUUAAAUGUGCGAAAUGUGUAGUAAUAGCUCAUAAUCGGUGAAAUAAAAAGUUACUGCCAAGUGUCAACUUACUGUGUUUCGCAUUUGUGUCAGGACUGUUGUGCGAAAUGAAUGUUAUCACGAAAUAUUAUAAUAUUAACCGUCUUCUCUUACUGGGCAUCGGAUUGUGGCCUUAUCGAAAGUACACAUUUAACAAGAUUCAUAUAAUAUUCAUGUUUAUUAUCUUGACGCAAGCCCUUGUUUUACAGAUGGCGGCAUUCUUUACGACCGGUUUUAACGUUCCCCUACUUUUAGAAGUUCUCUCGACUCUGUUCAUAACCAUUGUUUUCAUCUUCAAAUAUAAUACGAUUUACUUUAAUAUGGACAAAGUAAAACUAUUCUUUGAACACAUCAAGCACACUUGGUAUACGCUCAAAGAUCCAGUGGAGAUUGAAAUAAUGAAGAAACAAACUAACAUCGGGCGGUGGUACACGAAAUAUUUUACGCUGACUAUGUAUAUAAUUACAUUCCUAUUUGUUAUGACUCAUUACGUGCCGCUUUUUCUGGACGUUGUAUUGCCAUUAUCCAAACCUCGACAGCGAAGGAUAUUGGUAAUCGGAGAAAUGUUCAUCGAUCAGCAUAAGUACUUUCAUGUGAUAUUGUUAAACAUAAUGAUGUCAAGCUUUCUUGGUAUGACUACUGUAAUAGCAGCCGAAACCAUGUUGAUGGCAUUGGUGCAACAUGCAUGCGGAUUAUUAAAAGUUACCAGUUAUCGAAUAACACGUACUUUCGAUAAUGAUUACCGUUCGGUUCUUAGCCGUGGCAAAAAGUGCAUAGUUUGUGCCAGGUUGGCGAAUGCCGUGAAGAUUCAUAGGAGUGCUAUCAUGUUCUCAGAUUACAUACGAGAUUGUUUUGGAAUAUAUUAUCUUUUGUUGGUCUUGUUUGGUGUUGCUUCUUUAAGCAUUAAUCUAUACCGAUUAUCUUUGGUCCUCGCUGUGGUGAACAAUAUUGACACACUUAUCAUUUCUGCAUUCAUCUGCGGGCAUUUCCUUUAUAUGUUUUGGUGCAAUUAUGCGGGUCAGGAGUUAAUGAAUCACAGUGCCGAAGUUUACUACCAGACAUAUAACGCACAGUGGUACAUGUCUGCUGUGCACGAUCAAAAAAUGUUAAUCUUGAUAUUGCACAGAAGUGCUAAAUCUCCUGUCAUCAUCGGCGAUUCUAGUGUAUUUGUGGGUUCCUUGGAAGGUUUUGGGACGCUCGUGAGUGCAUCUUUAAGUUAUUUCGCAGUGAUUUAUUCCGUCGGAUGAAACCAAGAACAAACACAUCAAAUAUUAUAUAAACGCUUGCGCGGAAAAUUAAUAGGAAUAAUCUCAUAUGUAUUCUAUUUCUUUUCGAUAAAAAAUAAAUAUUUACAGUUACUACUGUUACUGUUCUAUA